CCAAAUCCCCUGGCCAAACGGUGGCUCAGACUCUUACCAUAAAAAUACAAAAUGUCCCAUAACGAUGAUAACUCAUGAUUCCAGAUGAAUGAAGUUUACGAAGUACCUAAAGUUUCAAAUUCAAACCAUCAUCGCCAACGGCUACAUCCACCAAACCCUCCAUAAACCCAACGGUCUCGACUACGCCGCCUAUGGCCGCCUCAUCCAACACUGCACCGACCACCGCCUCCUCCGCCAAGGCAAGCAGCUCCACGCCCGCCUCCUCCUCUCCUCCACCCUCCUCGACAACUUCCUCGCUUCAAAGCUCAUCACUUUCUACUCCAAAUCCAAUCACCUUUUUCAAGCCCACAAACUGUUCGACGAAAUUCCCCACAGAAACACUUUCUCUUGGAACGCCCUCCUCAUUGGGUAUUCCUUUAACAACAUGUACAUCGAAACCCUUGACUUGUUCUGUCAUUGGUUGUCUUCUCAGUCGGCUUCUGCGAAACCUGAUAACUUCACUAUAACGUCGGUGUUGAAGGCGUUGUCGGCUUUGUUUCCGGACUUGAAGUUGGCUAAGAUGUUCCAUUGUUUUGUUGUGCAAAAUGGGUUUGAUUCGGAUACCUUUGUUAUGAAUCCUUUGGUUACGUAUUACGCGAGGUGUGAUGAUAUUGGUUCAGCAAGGACUUUGUUUGAUACAAUGCCUGAGAGAGAUCUCAUUACGUGGAAUUCAAUGAUUUCUGGGUAUUCUCAAGAAGGGUAUUAUGAAGAUUGCAAGAGACUGUUUAGGGAAAUGUUGGGUUUGGAAGGAUUAAGACCAAAUGGGGUUACAGUAGUUAGUGUUUUACAAGCGUGUGCGCAGUCGAAUGAUCUUGUAUUUGGAAUGGAUGUUCAUCAGUUUAUCAUUUCAAAUGAGAUUGAAAUGGACCUUUCACUUUGUAAUUCAAUUAUUGCAUUAUAUGCUAAAUGUGGUAGCUUUGAUUAUGCAAGAGAACUUUUUGAAAACAUGAGUGAGAAGGAUGAGAUUACUUAUGGUGCAAUUAUUUCUGGGUACAUGGUUCAUGGAUUUGUAGACCAAGCUUUGGAUCUUUUCCAAGAAAUGAAAAGCCCGGGAUUGAGUGCAUGGAAUGCUGUGAUUUCAGGCUUGGUCCAGAACAACCGGCACGAGGGAGUUCUAGAAUUAUUUCGUGAGAUGCAGUCGUUCAGUUUAAGACCAAACUCGGUGACACUUUCAAGCAUUCUUCCUUCUCUUUCACAUUUUUCAAAUCUAAAAGGCGGGAAAGAAAUGCAUGCAUAUGCCAUUAAAAACCGAUUUGAUAGGAAUAUCUAUGUGUUGACUGCCAUUAUCGAUACCUAUGCAAAAUUGGGUUUUCUUGAAGGGGCACAAAGAGUUUUUGAACAAUCAAAAGAUAGGAGUGUGAUUGUUUGGACAGCAAUAAUCUCAGCACAUGCAGCACACGGAGAUGCUAAUACAGCACUCGAUUUAUUUGAUAAGAUGUUGAAUAAUGGAAUUAUGCCCGACCCUGUCACAUUCACUGCAGUCUUGGCAGCUUGUGCCCAUUCUGGAGCGGUAGAUGAAGCUUGGAAGAACUUUGAUUCCAUGCUUGGGAAAUACAACAUUCAUCCCGCAGUUGAGCAUUAUGCUUGUAUGGUAGGAGUUUUAAGUCGAGCUGGUCAGCUCUCCAAAGCUGUUGAAUUCAUGUCUAAAAUGCCAUUUGAGCCAAGUGCCAAGGUUUGGGGUGCAUUGCUUAAUGGGGCUUCGGUUUUUGGUGAUGCUGCGAUUGGGAAGUUUGUUUGUGAUCAUUUGUUUGAGAUCGAGCCAGAAAAUACAGGGAAUUAUAUUAUUAUGGCAAAUUUAUUUUCACGAGCUGGAAGAUGGGAAGAGGCUGAAAAGGUAAGGGAAAAGAUGAAGAGUCUUGGGUUGAAGAAGAUCCCUGGUAGCAGUUGGAUCGAAACAAGUGUAGGGUUACAUAGUUUUAUUGCGAAAGAUGUCUCCAAUGAAAGAACUGAAGAAAUUUAUGAAAUGUUAGACAGAUUGCUCGGGUUGAUGAGAGAAGAAGGGUAUGUUUUUAUGGAUGAAUUCGAUGAGGAGAGUAUUUGUAAUUGAACACCAAAUCAUAAGUUGAAUGGAGUUAUUUAUUUGCAAACGAGGAAUGUUUCAGGGAUAACAUACAUGAUGCAAAUAUGAGGCCUUUAUGACUCAAAUUGAUGUCAAAAUGUUCACAGUGCUCGAGUAACUAAGCUCCAUCCAAUGGCCAGAACCUAAACAUUUGAAUUCUAUGCACUGAAUAGUGGUGAGAAGUUCUCCUUCAUGUAUGUGAAAUCACUCUGAAUUAGCUGUUGGUGUUCUGCAUAUUUGGAUUCUUGUUCAUUUGGGAGACCUGGUUGUAGCGGGAGUCUUGUGCAUUGGGUCGCCCAUUCAUUAGGGCUUGUAGAAUGUCAUUUCAGGUGAAACGAUGGUGUCGGACUAAACAUUUUCAGUGUAUACAAAAAGUUUAUAUAGACAAAUGUGGUGAAAGCCAAUUUUGAAGUAAAUGAAAUAAUGAUGGAAAUUCGUGUCCAAAUUGUCCAAAUUAAAGGAAGGAUGAAAAUGAGAACUCUCUCCACACUAUUUGUCAGCAUGUAUUGCAUGGUUUUAGAUAAUUAAUUAUUAGUAUCUAGGAGGCAUGGACACUCCAGAUGGGUGUGAUAUUUGUGUUCAACAAGUAUUGGACUUGACACGGUGUGGACACACGUGUUCACAUGCCGAACAUAUCAUUUGGUGUGUCAAUCUUUUAAUUAUUAUUUUUUGGCAGGACAAGUUGGGGACACGUUAUGGACACCCAUUUCUUGUGUCGGGCCUUGAAACGGAUACAGAUGCAGCACUGGUUUAAUUACCAUUU